CCCGCCCGCAUCGUCAUCCGCAACCUCCAGGCUACGUGCUUCGUGGGCAAUCUGCUUCUCAACUACUAAAAGAUACGGGUUGAAACUCGAACUCAACAUCACUGCUCAAACUCACACGAACUGAUCUUGACUUUAUUCUACCCUUCAAUUCCCUCGACCCGUGUUCAACCUUCACGAUUCUCUCGAGAGAUAGCCAGGAAUAACUGCCUAUCGCUCACCAUCAGCCGACCAACCAUCCGCAGCAUCUUAGUAUUUGUACAAGUUCAGGAGAGCGACAAUAACACAAAAAUGUCCGGCCUUGAGAAGGCACUCUUUAAUCUCAAGUUCACCUCGAAACAACUGAACCGGCAAGCUGCCAAAGCCGACCGCGAUGCCCGCGCCGAACAAGCCAAACUCAAGAAAGCCCUCACCCAGAACCCCCCUCAACCUCAAAUCGCCCGCCUGUACGCCACGAACUCGGUCCGAAAUUCCCAACAGAGGAUUCAGCUCUUGACGCUGGCCGCGCGCAUCGACGCCGUCGCCGCGAGGGUACAGACGGCCAUCACCAUGCGGACGGUGACGGGGUCGAUGGCGCAGACGGUCAAGGGGAUGGACGCGGCCUUGAAGAGCAUGGACCUGGAAAAGAUUGGCACGGUGAUGGAGAAGUUCGAGUCACAGUUUGAAGAUCUCGAUGUGGUCAGCGGGUACUACGAAGGGGUGGCCGGCGGCGUCGAGAGUCAGCAGGUCGGGGUAGAAGGUCAAGGGGAAGUGGACGCUCUGAUGAACAGGGUCGCCGACGAAGCUGGUGUCGAGUUGUCGCAGGAGAUGGAGCAAAAGGUGCCCGAGCACGAACUGCAGCAGGCCGAGAGUGCCGAGAGGGCGAAACUCGAGGAAGGGUUGGGUGAUAGAUUACGAGCAUUGAGAAAUUGAGCGGGAUUCCGAGACAAGAAUCGGCCAUGAAAUAACUUUCUAUGAACGACAACGAGGGCACGACAGACCAUGGGGGAUAGCAUCACCUUAGGAUAUGAUCCUGCUGAUUCGAGACAGGUGGUUACGCAGGGUAUCUUGCAGGGGCGGUUAUAUUCCAUUUGUUUAUACGGAGUAACAUCGAGAGGUUCUUAUUCCUCGGUCUUCAGGGCGUCCCAAGUGGACAUCUACUUGUCCAUCUCUUCUACGUUUGUUCCCGCGUACGCAACCACUCCUUUUUCUUCCGACUUCCAUCACGAUCUUUCCUUUUUCAACGCAACCAAUCGCUCCUCUCCUCGCUUCUUCACGAGCUCAUUGUCCUUGAUGAUCUGUUCCCUGGCGCCGACCCAAGCCUUUCGUUUCCCCAUGUCAAACAGGCGCCACAUGGCGGGUGAAAAUACUCCGUUCUUGCACAGGCUGUAAAAGUCUCGAUCGUGCCACCAAAACCGCCACGCCUUCCGACUGAAAGUCCCGAAAUGCUCGAGCAUGCCCAAGCCCGCGGUCUCGUUGACCCAGGAUACGUAGUCGGGCGGGUCGACGAAGGCGACCACGAAGCUGUGCGUCUCGGAGGGCUUGGCGCGCUCGACGAUGCC